GUGACAGCACGUGUAUGUCAUGUAUUGAAAAUUGUGUAAACAAAUAAGAAGUUCGAACCGUGCAUUUAGUUAUCGCAAUUAUUUCGGUUAAACCAAAUGUUUGUUGGAGGAUUACUUCAAAAGUCUAUUCAAAGGAAUUUCUGCUUGUAUCGCAACAUGGUAUUAAAUGAAUUAUUACCACCAAAACAUGUGCGACGGAUGACCGUUCUUGACAGAGAGCAAUUUCGUCAGACCGUUUCGCUUCCUGUACUGGAUUUAUCAAACAUUCAAAUACACAGUGCAAUGCCGCAUCUAAAGAAGCUUACUCUCAAAAUACGGAAACUGAAACCCGUGCAGCUAACAGAAACUGGACAAAAAAAAUUGCUAUUGCAACCUAUGGCUGUGAAGACUUGGGACGGUAUACCUGUUGCUGUGCAAGAUUUGGGAAUAACCGAAGACCGUUUAACGUGGGAAGAGUAUGAAUUGACGUACGAUAAUUGGAGUACUGAAGAAAUUUUAAAAUCCGUUCUACCAGAGGAUCAAGAAGCAUUAUCAGCAUUUUCCCGUAUCGGACACAUCAUUCACCUGAAUCUGAAAGAUCACUUGCUACCGUACAAGACGCUUAUCGGAGAAGUUCUUCUGGAUAAAGAGCCACACUGUCGAACAGUCAUCAAUAAGUCUCAAACGAUCGAUAACACAUAUCGAAACUUUCAAUUUGAGCUGCUGUGUGGCGAUUCUGACUUCAAGGCUACAGUUAGGGAGAAUGGAAUCGAAUUUGAAUUCGAUUUUUCGACAGUUUACUGGAAUCCGCGCCUAAGCACGGAACACGAACGAAUCGUUAAGCUGCUACGUCACGGCGACGUUCUGUACGAUGUUUUUGCUGGUGUAGGACCGUUUAGUGUUCCGGUCGGAAAAUCGAAAUGCACAGUUCUAGCCAACGACCUGAACCCCGAAUCGUUCAAAUGGCUGCAAGCUAACAUCCGACGAAACAAAGUCACCAACUACGUUUCGGCUUUCAAUAAAGACGGCCGAGAAUUCAUUUGCAACGAAAUCAAAAACGAUUUGGUUUCACGGUGGCGAAACAACGAACCGAAGGACUACAAAAUUCACAUAACAAUGAACCUACCUGCAAUGGCUGUUGAGUUUUUAAAUUGUUUCUGUGGAUUGCUGAGCGACAUCGACGAAGAAGCUCAUCCAAUUUAUCCUCUGGUGCACGUUUAUUGUUUCGCGAAGGGUGAGAAUACAUCGGACAUAGCAAGGAAAUUGGUUGAAGAUAAUUUAGGACAGGAAUUAGGUGACAAUUUGGAUGGAAUCUACUUUGUGAGAAAUGUAGCGCCGAACAAAGACAUGUAUCGCGUUUCUUUCCAUUUGACCCGUGAAAUAUUAACUGCGAAGAAAAUACAGAAACGAUCAAAAUCUCCGUCACCCGACGUGAAUGUGGAUGCGAAAAAAAUUUGUAUUUCUUGAAAUGACAAUAAAUGGUUAGUCGAAAAAUG